AUGGACCGCUCUCGGAAACGCGAUCUAUUAUCGCUUAACCAACGCGCAUGGGAUGGCGAAGCUGAUAUCUUCCCCGUCAGCGCAUCUCUCGACUCUUCAUUGAAGAAAAACACCGCAUUCAUUAAGCGAUUGCGCACCGCGAUUACGGCCGCGACCCUGAACACAUUCUUACAGGAAAUACGAACCCUAAGCCUUCUCAAGUAUCUCUCCGAGAUUAUUUCGGCCUGCUAUGAGGGACUUAGCAAGCUCAAGACCCCCGGGGAAAUCGAUGCCGCCAUCGAGAUCGUUAGCGCACUACAUCAACGAUUUGGGCCCGCCGAGUUUACCGAGUAUUUGGGAUGGCUGCUUGGCAAGGGAAUGGCCACACCUGAUAAAAGCUUACUGAAGUCCUUAACUGCAGAGGUUCGCGAAAGAGAAGAGAAGGAACGUCUUGUGCGACAACGAGCCCUUCUAAGGGUAAUUACCGAACUAUGGCUUGUGGGGGUCCUACGAACUCUUGACGAUGUCAAGCCGGACGACGCGACACGCGGGGCCAAUGGCAAGAAUGCCGAAUUAAAAAUUAAAUCAGCUAAUUCUACGAAGGGUGGUGGGGCCGAACCAUUCCCUCUUGAAGUACUCAAGGACCUCCUGGGCCACGAUCGUGAGCAUGUUAACUUACCACUUUUGGUCAUCUUCGUGAAAUCCUUCGCCUGGGAUAUUCUGGGGGUCAGGUCUGCCGGUUCAGAAGGGCGCAAGACUGUUGAGGAAGACGGUGCUACGAAAUCUACUGAUGAGAACUCCGAACAGAACGAUGGGUCGGAAGAUGGUGGCAUUCCUGAUGCAGAUGAUGACGCUCCAUUCGCUAGCACUGAGCUGCGAGAGCGUUUUAGAAAUAUUCUCAAAAGGUAUUUCGAGGAUGUUAAAGCCCAUCUUGUGCGCGACCAGAAGAACAUUAUCACCCAACGAGGCAGGAAUUCGGAGGCCUACGUCAAAUCUGGAGAGGUAUUCGAAGACAGGCAGGCAAAUUUUGAGCGACAGCUAAAGGCUCAAGAACGCCUGGUUAGCAAUGCUCAGGUUAUAGCCGACGCAAUUGGUGCUGAGAUGCCUGAUCUGAAGGAAACAUCGGAUGGAUUUUCAACCACCAAUGGCGCAAUCGGACUCGUCAAGACUGGGGAAUAUCUUCGUGGGCAGAGCGAGGGAGCAGGCAUAUGGGAAGAUGAAGACGAACGCCGCUUCUACGAAAACCUAGUAGAUCUAAAGGGCAAAGUUCCUGGAAUAUUGCUUGAGGAUGGAAAGAAGAAAAAGGCCGAGACGGACGACCAGGUCGGCAAGAGAACAGAUCCUGCCGACUCUUCCGAAACAUCUAAGUCUCUGGAAGCAAAUGACGACCAAUCUACUGCUAUCGCAAACAAGACCAUUGGCGCCCAGGUUGACGUAUUGUUAACACGACUACCUGAGCUUACACACAAAGAUGCGGUCGAUCAAGCAGCUAUCGACUUUUGCUUUCUGAAUUCCAAGGCAUCUCGAAACAGGCUUAUCAAGGCGCUUACCGAAGUGCCAAAGGCUCGCCAAGAUCUCUUACCAUUUUGGUCUCGUCUUGUAGCUACACUUGGCCGGUAUAUGCCUGACAUACCCAGAGGGGUAGUGGAUUACCUUGAUGCGGAGUUUCGCAGUCUUCAGCGUCGUAAGGAGAAGGACUUUCUAGGACAGGUACGACAAAGCAAUAUUCGCUAUCUUGCUGAGCUCACCAAGUUUGGCAUCGUUCCAGAGCAUGUGGUUUUCCAUUGCUUGAAAGUUAGCAUGGAUGACUUCUCUAAGAUGAAUAUCGACAUUAUCUGCAAUCUACUGGAGAAUUGUGGCAGAUAUCUGCUCCGUAACGCCGAUACCUCGCCCCGGAUGGCAACUUUCCUAGACACUCUGCAACGCAAGAAGUCCGUGCAGCAUAUUGGUCAGCAUGAACGUAUGCUCAUCGAAAACGCGGUUUACUACGUGGAUCCGCCGGAAAGGGCAUCGAUCCAGCAAAAGGAACGGACUCCUAUCGAACUAUUCAUUCGAAAGCUUAUCUAUGUUGACCUGACAAAGCGUAAUUACACGAAGGUUCUCAAGCAGAUUCGUCGACUACAUUGGGAGGAAUUUGAGGUAGUAGCCAUUCUAACGAAGGUGUUUUCAAGGCCUGCUAAGGUUAAGUACGGUAGCAUCCACAUCCUCGCUAUACUACUCAGUGCUAUCUACCGCUACCACCCCGAUUUCACAGUCACGGUUAUUGAUAACGUUGUUGAAUCCGUCAUAUUUGGACUGGAGCAAAAUGAUUUCAAAUUCAACCAAAGGCGCAUUGCCGAAGUCAAAUAUCUGGGCGAGCUCUAUAACUACCGGAUGCUAGAGCACCCCGUUAUCUUUGACACUAUGUACAAGAUCAUGACCUUCGGCUAUGGCGGCCCACCUGUUCCUGGUCGGCUCAACCCCCUGGAUUUGCCUGAUGACUACUUUCGUAUUCGCCUUGUAGCUACAAUGCUUGAGACAUGUGGCAUGUUCUUUAACCGAGGUGCAGCGGGAAAGAAACUCGACUAUUUCCUCUCAUUCCUCCAGUACUACAUAUGCACGAAGCAUCCUCUCCCCAUGGAUAUAGAGUUUAUCGUCCAAGAUACAUUCUCUUUAACUAGGCCACAGUGGAAGUUAGCCACAACCUUGGAAGAGGCUACAAAAGCAUUCCAACUUGCAGUAGCGCAGGAUCAGAAGAAUGCGGGCCUAGACAAAGGUGCCGAUCAAGAUGAAGCUUCUAGUGGCGCUUCUUCUGAUGACGAAGGUGCUGAGGGUGAUGGCGAUAUUGUGCUCCCUGAAGCUGAUGGGGAUGAUUCAGAGCUUGGAGAUGAAGACGAUACUGAGGCAUGCUUUCCUACCUACAUCAUUUAUUUCGAUCGGCGGCCAUUAACUAACAGUCUGUGUGCUGAGCAGGAUGUCGAGAACCAGCCACAAUCUCCUCAAGAUUUUGAGUCAGAAGAGGAAGCGAUCGUGGUUACUAGGAAAGCCGAGGAGAUCGAUCCUGCUGAUGAGGCAGAUUUUGAGCGUGAGUAUGCAAAGAUGAUGGCUGAAAGUCUAGAGUCCCGAAAAUUCGACCGCAAACCACUAUUCGACGUCCCGCUGCCUGUUCGACCCAAGACUCGCGAUAUCCCUUCAACGACGACCGAAGCCGCCGAUACUACGAACGGAGCGAGCACGCCUAGCACUAUGGCAUUCUCGCUUUUGACUAAGAAAGGCAAUCGCCAGCAGACACGAACUGUUGCGCUUCCUUCGGACUCCACUUUUGCGGUUGCCAUGAAGACUCAGCAACAGGCAGAACGAGAAGAGCAGCAGCGUAUCAAGAACUUGGUGCUCAACUAUGAUCUUCGCGAAAAUGAAGACCCAGAUGGUGAUAUUAUAAUGACCCCACUCAAACCGAACGCAAAUAUUCACAAGUCUACUUGUUCAGGUCACGAAAAGCCAUCUUCGUAUUACCCCAAUCGCCCCGAAAAAUCUAGCAAAGAGCGUGGCGGACAACGGGUCCACAUCACGGGCCUAUCUGCCAGUGAUACACGCGCUGGAUACGAUUCUGCUUCAGGCCAAGUGGAAGAGAAUACAAUGAACAAGUGUCAUGCAUCCUCCUCGAAGCCCCGUUUUGGCUGA